GGUCAAUUCGCAUACCGGAUAGCAUCAGUAAGGGCAGGUGCGCCUUCUGGGGUCUGGUGCACCUCACGAGCAUGGCCGGACAGAAUCAGCGGACACUCCUAGGAUGGGAUCCUAUACUCAUAGUUUCUCAAAUCGUAUCUUUACAGGCGCUCCAUUACCUGACCCUGUCUCUCUUAAUCCCGCCGCUCUUAUGGGUGUUCGCAGAGCCGAAUGCUCUUAUGUACGAAGGUGGCGCUAUGAACGUUGGCAUGGUCAUGGACUGGAGGGAAAUGGCCGGUUGGCCGACCGUACAUGGUUUACAGGGCGACGAUCGACGUGGAUGGAGUGUAUUUCGUGGUGCGUAUAGUGGUGGACAGAAAGUUGGUACUGGGACUUGGAUCGACCCUUUCAAGGAUGGUGAUAGGUACUACCAAUGGGAUGGGCGAACUGAUCCACUGCGGGGCUGGGUAGUAGCCUUCUGCUGGAUGGUAACUGCCGGUGCAGAUGUAUUAUAUAUUUACACUCUUGUCCGACGCCCUCGGCUCGUGUUGGAUUUCUCCUUGACGCUUCUAUUGGUGCACAUAGUCCUCACUACGUACUACUCAGGCGCUCUACCUUCGUCGCCCUUCGUUUGGUUAGCCAUGGCUGGUGGGACAAUUGGAACAGUAGUUGUUGCUGAGCAGCUGUGUGUACGUCGUGAAAUGCGGGAAGGCCUUCAGACUCUUUCUGCCCCGACGGAUGUCGAAGAGAUUGAAAUGGGAACACGUAGACCUCUACCAGGAUCGCGUAUAGACUAGCUGUUGACAAGAAACACAAAAUUUAACUUCAUCUACUCAUGGGAUCCGGGAGUCAGGGAAUUUCUGCGGUGCUUUAUUACACCUUGAGAAUACCGAUGCAAGUUCUUGCUGGAAAGCUUCUCCAUUGUGUACUUCUUGCUCGUUGUCUAUUGCCAACACAUCAUAGGAUAUUCAGGCUCAGACUGCGAAACCUAAUAUAAACGAAGUUUUUCCACAUUGUACUACGACUCUAUAAGCAGCCCGCGGACAUACACGUGCUCCGAAACCGCAGAACCGAACUGCGAAGCUAUGGCUUCCAUUAUUGGCCGAGGACUCGAGCUCUUUCAAUUUGUUCGACAUUUAUAGAGUUUGCCGGUUCUUCUGCUGCGAAUUCGUCGAGAAGGAAACUUAGCCUGUUUAGCGUGGAAUUCUCGAGGACAUACUGAUAAAGCUUUUACGCUAGAAUACUCUGCUCAUUAAUUAUAGAAACUUUCUUAA